GCUUUAUAAUUUUGUUGGAUGUAACGCAAACAGGGUACCAAAGACUUUUCCGUUAAGCGGCUAUAGAAAGAUGGUUAUUUUUGAAUGGAAAAGUGGCGGAACGGAGAGCUUUUGUAGUUGGUAGGGUAUUCAGCUCUGUACAGCCCCGCCCUCUCAACAACCCCUGGGCUUUCAUUCAUUCCCGGCCCGGUCACCGCGCGCGUCGCCUGCGGCCAUUUUAAAUCGCUCGCGUAAAAAUAAACAUUCGAAAUUUGAAAUUGAGUUCCGCUUGCAUGGCUGUUUUCGUGACGGUAGAAGACUAGAGAUGCCGUGAAGACCUAAAUCCUACACAAAAACAGGCUACCUUCAAUAUAUCACAAAAAUAUCUAUUUACAAACAAAGUACCUUCACUGACAAUAAAACGCCAAACUGUUUUAAAAUAUAAUUAUUUUCAUAUUCCAUUUACUAAACUAGAUCUUACCAUUCCAUAUUUGAAAUAACUUUUUAAAAAUGAGCUUUGAUUCGCCAUCAUCUGCCAAAAGGCUUAAUUUGGAACGGGCGAAUAAUUUUAUGAGACAAUUCAGGGAUCCCGAUUCUAGGGAGUUGAAGAAACUGUCCGCGAAUCAAUUCAUGGAAGUGUGGAGUCACUACGAUCGGGACGGUAAUGGCUACAUCGAGGGCACGGAGCUGGACGGGUUCCUGCGGGAGUUCGUGUCCAGUGCCAAUUUCACCGACAUCAGUCCUGACGCGGUAUCGGAUUCCAUGUUGGUGGAGCUGAAAGCAUGUUUCAUGGAGGCCUACGAUGACAACCAAGAUGGAAAAAUCGAUAUACGAGAGUUGGCGCAGCUAUUGCCAAUGGAAGAGAAUUUCCUCCUGCUGUUCCGAUUCGACAACCCGCUAGAAUCCAGCGUCGAAUUUAUGAAAAUAUGGCGAGAAUACGACACUGACGGCAGCGGGUAUAUAGAGGCCGACGAAUUGAAGAAUUUCCUCCGAGAUCUUUUGAAAGAAGCGAAGAAGAUCAACGAUGUGUCCGAAGAUAAGCUGAUAGAGUACACGGAUACCAUGCUCCAGGUGUUCGAUUCGAAUAAAGAUGGCAGGCUACAGCUCUCCGAAAUGGCUAAACUGCUGCCCGUCAAGGAGAACUUUCUCUGCAGGCAGGUAUUCAAGGGAGCGACGAAGCUGACUAAGGAUGACAUUGAGCGUGUCUUCUCGCUUUACGACAGGGACAAUAAUGGCUCCAUCGAGAACGAGGAGCUGCGCGGUUUUCUGAAGGAUUUAUUAGAAUUAGUGAAAAAGGAUUACGACGCCCAGGACUUACUAGAGUUCGAAGAAACCAUCCUCCAAGGCGUAGAAUACAGUAGCGACGGCAAAAUCAGCAGGAAACAGCUAACCAUGAUCCUUCUAGCGCUUGCCAAGCACCAUCAAGAAGAAGAAGUCACCACGCCGUGAACUCGCGAGCGCGCGUUCGCCACUCCGUCCCGAUUUCUGAACGAAUUUUCUAGCUUACCACUUAAGGCCUGUCCAUACGAGAACAAUUUUUCGCCAAUCUGAUUAAAUUGUCCGAUCAAAUCAGGUGGUGCGGACGCAAACGCAAAUUUGACCACUUUCACCAAUUUUAAAUUUAUGGUGAUAUUUGAGCGCUCUUAUUUAAAGAAAUGCCCCAAACGCGAAUACUACGAGCAGCGUCACAAAUCGAUAUUCUUGCGUCUGCAUAUCGGCGGUUGAGUUCCGCGAGCCAAAUUGGCGUUUGCGUCCGCACGGCCUGCCGGUCUAGCCAAGGUUACAAUCGCUAUCGCUUCGACAACGAAAAGCAUUAUGUCUCUCUAUCACGCUUCCGUAUUAGCGCGACAGUGACAGUUGCGAUUCGAUCGCUACGGAGCGUAAGCGAUUGGCUUCUUGGCUACGCGGCCUGAUUUUUUUAUAGGACAAUUUAAUCAAACUGGCGAAAAAUUGUCCCCGUCUGGGCACGCCUUUAAGCGGUCUACUGAUUGUACGAUUUUACUUCGAUUUGCCAUUGGGUCGACUUUUGUAUCGGUCGGUCGGUCGGUUUUGGUGUAUCGGUUAAAAUCCCGUACCUAUAGUUCGUUUUUUUUAGCAUUAGAAAUAAGGUAAACAAUCUUGAUGUGUCUUUUAAUUGAAAAACACAUUUUAAAAAUAUGUAACAAUUAUGAAUCUAAUACGUUCAUUUAUAUUCUUCUUCUUUCAUAAGUAAUAGAAUUUUGCUUUUUAAAAAGCGUUUUUCAAUUAAAAGACCAGUCAAGAUCGCUUACCUUCUUGCAAGUUCUUUCUAAUGCUAAAAAAACGAACUAUACCUAUUUGUUAGUAAUUCUACAGAUGUAGUGCAUAAUUGUGUCGCUUAUCUUCAAACUCGGGUAAAUCCAUUCGACCCUCUCAGUAAAACUACCCUAUUACCUUUUUCAAUACCAAAAUCGCAUAAUCAUACAAAUGGAUUUGCUCGCGUUUGAAGUUAAGCGACUCAAUUGUUUUUCGUAUUUCACGGAAACGUACGAACGUGUCUUGCUAUUAAGCGCCCU